AGCCUUCGACACCAAGACUAUUCAGUAUCCAUCUUCUGAUAUAGUUCACUCAUCAACGUUGAUUUCUCUCUACUCUUUACGCUUCUCUGUUGCAUUUCUUUGAUACCCAUUUGUAACAAAAAGAGAGCUUCUCUGGUUUUGUUUCAAUCUUUCAAGUUCUUCUCUCCAGUAACAAAAAACAUGGGAGUUCAGGGUACUUUGGAAUAUCUUUCUGAUUUACUAAGCAGUGUAAAAAGGAAGAAGAAGAUGAAGCGAACGCAGACAGUAGCACUUAAAAUAAGGAUGGAUUGUGAAGGCUGUGUGCGGAAGGUCAAGCGUGUACUCUCUUCUGUAAAAGGAGCCAAAUCCGUGGAGGUGGACUUGAAACAACAGAAGGCCACUGUAACCGGAUACGUUGACCCGAAGAAAGUGUUGGCAGCUGCUAAGUCGACUAAGAAGAAGGUGGAGAUAUGGCCGUACGUCCCCUACACUCUGGUGGCAAAUCCUUAUAUUUCUCAGGCUUAUGACAAGAAAGCUCCUGCUAAUCACGUGAGGGCCGUUCCAGCCACCGCCACCAUCACCGAGACCACGGUGAACGACACUUACAUCACCAUGUUCAGCGAUGAAAACCCUAAUGCUUGUUCAAUAAUGUGAAUAUACAAUACAUAUAUAUGUACACGCACACACACACACAUGUAUUUGCACCUAAAAAUCAAUAAAAUCUCUAGUAAUUGUGAGCAAA